AUGAGAGUUCCGCUAAAAAAGCCGGAGAAACGAGCGUGGCGAUCCUUUCUCCGUGAGGUGGAUCGUCAUGUUAGCCCAGACGCUUCCACCAGAAUAUCAUAAUGGAUCAUCGGCUAGUCAACCUUGUGGAAGGAAAUUUCCGAGUCAGGGCCCCAGGGUGAAGGUGGAUACUGUCGAAUACGAGCAAUGGCGCAACGCCCAUGGUGUUCCCUAAUUGGAUUGCCCGUCCGCUCGUAGGGUUUAAGGCUGGACAUGUUCUCAUGUGGGAGGCGAUCUGAAUGGAGACGCCAAUCUCGGUUCAUUUGAUCAACCUUCUUUACAAGCUUGCAGAUUAAUCUGGCCUUGCGGGCGCGCUCAGGGGGGGGGCAUUAUCACGUUCGAAAUAUGAAGGCCAACCUGUUCUUCUCAUCCAGCUGUGCUUCGCGCAUCUUGGCGGGGUCUGGCCACACUCGUCACGUCCUCAGGUACUGGGGCCUCGAGAUCUUCACCCUCUUCGUCGCAAUCUGCCUACUCGCCGCAAUUAUCUGGCUUCUCGCACAUUACGAUGGCCACUACAUGCCGAAAUGGCCCUUCGAAAUCAACCUCAACUCCGCCAUCGCCCUCCUCUCGACCUUUCUCCGCGCCGCCAUCGUCGCAGCUGUGGCAGAAAUCAUCGGCCAGAUCAAAUGGACCUGGUUCGCUGAACAGACCCGGCCCCUCCAGCACCUCCAGGACUUUGACGCCGCGAGUCGCUCCAUCCUCGGCUCCACGAAGCUCCUGGCGAUGCUCAUGUGGAACCUGGGCUUCUCCUCCACGGGCUUCCUCGCCAUCGGUGCCGCCACCGUCACGAUUGCUAGUCUGGCGGUCGGCCCCGUCACACAGCAGGCCGUCCGCACGGUGACUUGCCCGAUGCUGGAGGAUAACAUCGUGGCUAGGAUCCCCGCCGCGAACUAUGUACCGGGGUCGUCUGCGUACUACCGCGUCGGCGCCGGGUCUUACGAGAUCGAGGUGGACAUGAAGAGUGCCAUGAUCCAGGGGAUCACGGAUCCAGGUAGCCAGGACAGUAAUGUCCAAGUCUUCUGCCCCAGCGGAAACUGUACGUGGGCGGACUACGGCACAGGUGUCACACACGCGAGCAUCGGGAUGUGUAGCAAAUGUAUCGACACGACGAGCUUCGUCAGCGAGCCCAACACGGUGGGAAACCUCUCGCUGCCAGACGACGGCGCCAUCAUCAAUAUCCUGGCCGGCAAGUACAUGUGGAUGGGCCACAGCAACCUGACAGCGUACACGAAGCUCUUCAGCGACGACUUCGCCGCGGCUGCCGCGGUGUCAAUGGCCAACUUUAGCAUGCUCAUGAUUUCGACGUCUCCUUGCACAUCGGACAACUCUACGGGUAUCUCGAAGCUUACGUGCCCGCAUCGUCUUUCGCAAUCCGACGAUAGCUAUUUCAGCGACCUUGGGGAUUACGUCGCCGCCUCGUGUAUCCUGUACCCGUGCAUGAAGGAGUAUCACGCGCGGUACGUGAACAACACGCUGACGGAGACCCUGGUUCGCACGACGACGGCUGUAUCUAAUCCCGCUGAGAACGCGGCAUCGGGAUACUCGGUAUAUGGCAACUACACAGCGAGACAGAGCCCGUGUGUUAUUGACAACGGCACCUGGUACGAUUCUACCAAUCAAAGCCAGGCCUUGGACAUCCCCGGACGCAUCUGGACGAACUUCAGCACGAGCGGCAGCGACGAGGUCAGCCGCGUGCCCAACGAAUGCUUGUACAAGAUGGACGGGAUCUUCUCCUCCGCAAUAUCGACCUUCCUCAAGGUGAGCUUGCUAAGCGCCUCGUGCCGGUACGACUCCAUGCAGAGCGGGCACCUCAACUGCUACGACUCGUGGUGGCUCACGCCGCUAUGGGCCGACAUGAACGCCACCGUAACCAGCCUCACGAGCGCCGUCGACGACUUUGCCUGGGCCGUGACGAACAAGCUCCGGAUGACGGGGCUCGGACCGGACGUCGUUCCUGGAGCGGACGCUCUGUUGAACCGGCGGGCCGAAGCCUUGGGCGAGGUGUGGGCGAGCUCGACGUGUACCUACUUUGACAGGGAGUACAUCGCGCUGCCCAUCAUUUUGGUCGGUCUCUGCGGGAUCCUUCUGGGCUGGAUCAUUCUCAAGAACUACAACGACCCGGAGCAACCCGUUUGGAAGGGCAGCGUGCUACCUCUGUUGUUCUUUGGGCUGCACGAUACCAUGGGACCAAAGGGGACUGCGGGCGGAGCGGGCAACGGCGCCGGCGAUCAACCCAGAGACGGGGGACGCAUCGCGAGAAAUUUGACGUUUUUCAAGGAGAAUGGUCGAACAGCGCCAGAGCUGUAUCGGAUUCAGCAGGAGUCGGGCCGGAUGCGGGUGCGAUUUCACGGCGGGACGGAUCCGGGAUUUUUGGAUCUGGGGACGGGGAGGAGUGAUCCGGAGGCCGCGAAUGCGUCAUUAGUGCCGGGGCAGGGUGACUCGCGUGGCACCAAGAUGAGAUGA